AUAUAUUGGUGAACUAUACGAAAAAGAUUCACGUUCAACAAGUUUUUACAUCGACGAAACUAUUUUUUUUUUAAGAAAAUGCAGCUCUUUUGGCAAUCCCCUGAUUAUCCUAGUAAAUUGUCCAAUGAUACUUGUUUCUGGUUAUGAAUUUAUCUCCUCUUUGUUACUAAUUGGAGUAAAACAGCAAGAUGUCUUAUCUACAGGGAAUCAGCAAAGCAACAUAACCACGGCCACCUGGAAUUUUGUCAGAAAUGUGUCUAAGGAUGUUGAUUCCACCCCACGGGUUCUAUUGACUCAUAUUCCUUUGUAUCGCCCGGAUUCGACCUCAUGUGGCCCACAUCGUUCUUCACCUAUCAUCAAUCAGAGAAUUUCUCGUUCUGCUCAUGAUCAAGAUAUACUGUACCAAAAUUACAUCACUGAAAAAUCUACAGAUGAGUUACUGGACCUCAUCAGACCUGUGCUAGUCUUAUCCGGUCAUGAUCAUGAUCAAUGUACAAUUACCCACACGUCUAAGUAUGGUGCAGUGAGCGAGCAUACUGUAGGAACUGUGAGCUGGCAGCAAGGGAAUUUGUAUCCUUCUUUCAUGCUGUUAUCUGCCUGUAAUUUCACCUUACCAGAUGGAUCCAGUCCAGAAGAUGCCAUAUCCACUCAUCUGUGCUUUCUUCCUGCGCAAUUGUUCAUUUACAUAUGGUACUUAUCUCUAUUUGCGAUGACACUUAUUAUCCUUCUGUGGCCUGCAAAUGAAGUGUUCAUUUUCCGGAAGUUUGGUGAAUUGACGGGGUAUAUCAGAAGUAUAAUUAACUUUAGCAGCUUUAGAAACGGCAUGAAAGAGAAAAAUGAAGAUGAGAAUUGUGAGUAUGAGACGAUUUGGGAUGCAGAAGGAAAUAUGCACCUUAUUAGAAAAGCCUCUCAAGCCCCCAAAACAUAUUCAGACGAGAGGAUCUUGACUGAGCGGGGCAAUGCAGUGAUGCGAUCAAAAGCUAAGAAACAGAUGGCGCAAGAAUUGGAUCCAUCAAAUCCUUCAGACGUGAAUAUACACGUAGGGAUCGACGGUUUGGUGAAAUUGCCGACUAGAACAACCAGAUCAACUGCAAAGAUGGUGAUCUGGAGAUUACUGCGGGCUUUCCAAGCAAUUACGAUCAUUGCUGCUGUUAAUGUCCCUCUCUAUGUGUUGCUGCUUUUUAAAGACUGGAUCGACAAAUGAUAUUGUACCAAGUUGGUUUCGAACCAUUCAUUUCUGGUCAAGUAUAGGAGUCUGAUUGAAUAUGGAAGAAAACGAGUCAUCUUCACCGACUAGUUAAAGCAGAGUGGCAGCAUUGCAAUAUUUGGAAACAUGUUGCUGUUGGAUUUCUUCACAAGAACGAUUUUGAAUAUGAGGUCUUAAUUGCUUGUGAAAUAGAAGAUACAUUUCUAUUAAGGUUCAUGUUUCUUGGAAUUUGGUCUCAACCAGUUGUAUUCCUUAUCGUUUUGUUUUGUACUAAUAUGGGAAAAUUAAAGCUGGGAUCUCAACUUAUGUCAAAUGUGGAAUUUGAAAGUCAGUAUAAUUUUUUGAGGCCUAUA